UGUGACACUGUGCGCUUCGUAUGCGCGCUUUCCCGUGCUUUUCUCCCUCGUAACGGUGACGUGCUGUGAGGUCCGAGAACGCGAAAAGCGAGCGUUUCCUUCCGCUUCACGCGACGUUUGCCGACAUAUCGUCCUAUCUCUUCUUUUUAUCUCUUUCUCGUCUUUUUAUCACUGCCGUAAAUCUUGUUUUUUCGUUAACCAGCGGCGAAGAUCGCCGCGAAGUUUGCCGCCGUCGGCAGACGGUGCGUUCGUUUCUCUCGUACCGUUUCUCUUCGACCGUCCCGUUCGCGUCGGCGAAGGAAAGAGAAAGGCGACAGGAAGUAAGGGUUAGAGGGAGAAUAACGGAGCAGCGGCACGAGACGACGACCGACGCCGUCGCCGCCCUCGCUGUUAUCGUUUGAUGUGUGAAAAGUGCGCCAGUCCGCGAAAACGCGACGCCGACACAGUAUUGAUAGCGUAACGUGCUGAACGUUGCCGCGGAGGAACGCGCGGCAGUUUUAUACCGAACGAGGAACGCGCGCUCGCGCGUGUCCCGAUCGUGGUCGUUCGCACAUAACGUUCGCGUUACAAUUAAGAUCGCGGCAUCGAAAUCGGAAAUAAUAUCGGAAGUAAUAAUCGCGCACGCAGAGUGGUGAGAGUCGAUCGCAGAAAUCAAACAUCAAAAUUAAACGUCAUUGAAGCGAGAUCGGGCGGGCGAAGAUGCAUUCCAGAUGGACGAUGACGCCGCGACGUCUGUAUUGUCUGUAACGAUCGCCGCCGUCGGUUGGGUAAGAACGUCGCCGUAUUUACUAUUUAAUCGUCCCUCCACGCGAAAGUCCGCCGCCGCGAUCCGCGCGCGACGGUGUAUCGACGUGAAUCGCACGGGUUAUGACGCGCCGCGCCGCUUAGGGACGCUCGACAAGCGCUCGUAACCGGAGCCCCGGGUAGCCGCGAGUGCGUGCGUGCGUGCGUGCGUGCGCGACAACGACAGCGACAGCGAUGGAGAACGACCCGGCGGCCAAGUCCUGGCCGUCGGGCCCGGGAACGGGCAAGGGAUCAUCGCCGUCCUGCCUAGAGGCGUCGAUGCCACGGAAGUUCCGCGACGGGGACCUCCGUGCGGGGACCGCGGGCCUCAAUUGGGCGCUGUGCGCCCUCUGCCUCGCCAGCUUCGCCCUGUCCGGCGUGCUCUUCUACCGCGAGCUCGGCUUGGAAUCCAGGAUCGCAAGUCUGGAAGCACGCUGUAUGCGCGUCCAGGAUCCUUCGUCGCCGGUGGAAGUCCUGGUGCAGAGGCUCAAGGCGGAGCUGCAGGAGCAAUUGCGGCAGACGCAACGACUCGAUUCCACAGCGGUCUUCAGGCCCAAACGCGACAUCUCCGAGUGUAAUUGUCCUCCAGGUCCACCCGGUGAGCCGGGUCCACCCGGAAAGAGGGGCAAGAAAGGGAAGAAGGGUGAUCCCGGGGAACCCGGUGCGCCAGGUGUGGCCGGGACGCCGGGCAAGAACGGUUUUCCGGGACCCAUCGGCUUGGACGGGCCCAAAGGUGAUCCGGGCCGACCCGGCGACAAAGGGCAGAAGGGCGAGCUGGGCAGCCCCGGAUUCGACGUCUUGUCCGCAGUAAAGGAUCUUCAGGAGAAAGGGGUUAAUAUCUCAGCGCAGAACAUCAUACCACUGAAAGGAGAGCCGGGUGAACCCGGACCGCCGGGACCACCCGGUCCGCCAGGAGCCGAGGGUCUUCCUGGACAUGAGGGCAGACAGGGGAUUCCGGGCGAGGUCGGCGCACCAGGGGAGAAGGGCCCGCCCGGGCCGAUCGGGCCCAUCGGUCCGACGGGCACGCCAGGACUUGCAGGUCCCAAGGGUGACAAGGGUGAUAAAGGCGAUCGGGGCUUCACGACGACCUUAAAGGGUGAGCAGUUUCCAAGUGGAGUAUUUGAGGGCCCACCUGGUCCACCAGGACCACCUGGAUCUCCGGGCGAGAAGGGAGAACUGGGCCCGACAGGACCGCCCGGCCUACCCGGCGAGAAGGGUACUCGGGGAAAGCAAGGGAAGAGGGGUUUCAAGGGUGAGAGCGGUUUGGCAUUGACGAGGGGUGCCCCCGGCCUGCCGGGUCCGAAGGGUGAGCCCGGCGAACGGGGUUACCGGGGCGAAAAGGGCGCCAUGGGAGACGCGGGUUUACCAGGGCCCAAGGGAGAGAUGGGACUGCAGGGCUUGCAGGGGCUCAAUGGAACCGACGGCGAUCCUGGUAUCCAAGGACCCCCCGGAUUACCGGGAAUAUCCGGACCCAAAGGUGAAAAGGGCGACUACGGCGAUAUUGGUCCCCCCGGCCUUAUGGGACCUCCGGGUCUACCCGGCCCACCGGGCUAUCCUGGACUGAAAGGCGAAAAGGGAGAGAAAGGCGAAUCGAAGUACAAAAAGCUCAGGCGAAGACAGGGAGACGGCACAUUCGAGAUGAACGCCGGAGAAGUGAUAAUGGGCCCGCCCGGACCCCCAGGACCCGCUGGUACCCCCGGACUGCAGGGCCCACCCGGGAUCAAGGGUGACAGAGGACAUGAUGGCGCCAAGGGCGAUCCUGGAGAAAAGGGUGCCAAAGGGGAUCCUGGUCCGAUGGGACUGCCCGGCCCCAUGGGACUGAGGGGAGAGUCCGGAAAGCCCGGGGAUUCCGGGAAACCUGGCGCCAUGGGAUCACCAGGAUUAGACGGCAUGAAGGGUGCACAGGGCGAGCCAGGAACGAAGGGAGAAAGAGGAGAUCCGGGAUUGCCUGGUACCGACGGGAUUCCCGGUGCGGAGGGACCGAAGGGAGAGAAAGGUGCCAAAGGCGAAUCUGGGCCGCCGGGUAAACGCGGCAGAAAAGGCGACAAGGGCAACAAGGGAGAUCAAGGUGUUCCAGGAUUGGAUGCCCCGUGUCCGCUGGGACCGGACGGACUCCCCUUACCGGGCUGUGGCUGGAGACCACCGCAGCAGGACAUCACGAGCACAUCCGUACCGGCGAUCGAGGGUCCUGAGCCCGCAGAAACGGAUUACGAGGAGCCGGAGGACGAGUACGACGACUAUACGGACCCGAACGGGAACCUAGCUGAGCAAUAAUGCUCGUUUUUGUGCGCUGCCCUAAUAACUACCGACAACUACCACCAAUACCGACACCAUCAUCAUCACUACCACCACAACCACCACCACCAUCACUGCCACCCUCAUCACUCGUCUCACCCCGUUCUCCCAAACUAACGUGAUCCUGCCAAGGAGCAACAUCCUGCGCCAAUGGCUAGAGGAGGAAGAGGAGGAUGGGGAGGAGAAAGAGAACGAGCGGCAGUGAUGUUGCAAGGACAAUAGCGCAUUUUUUUCAUAAGGACUUCUGUAUAUCCUUCCGUUCCCGCCUCCGUCUCAUUACGAUCGCGAUACGAAAGAAAAAAAAAAAAUAUAUAUAUAUAUAUACAUAUUAUAU